AUGGUAUACAAGGACAAGCUUCUAGCAUCUUGCCAUCACUUUUUCCUGCUUGCAGCCAAAUUCUGUUGGAUACUCCCUGUGAUACGAGGAAUUUACGGCCAGGAAUAUGCCCACUCUAUUCGACUCGAUGGAGAUGUGAUCUUGGGGGGACUGUUCCCUGUCCAUGCCAAGGGGGAUAGAGGAGUACCUUGUGGUGAACUCAAGAAAGAAAAGGGGAUCCAUCGGCUUGAGGCAAUGCUAUAUGCAAUUGAUCAGAUCAAUAAAGACCCUGACCUUCUUGCCAACGUCACAUUGGGUGUCCGGAUUCUAGACACAUGUUCUAGAGACACUUAUGCUCUGGAGCAGUCCUUAACUUUUGUGCAAGCUUUGAUAGAAAAAGAUGGGUCUGAUGUGAAAUGUGCUAAUGGAGAUCCUCCUAUUUUUACCAAGCCAGACAAGAUAACAGGGGUAAUAGGUGCAGCAGCAAGUUCAGUGUCCAUCAUGGUGGCUAAUAUUUUAAGACUAUUUAAGAUACCUCAAAUCAGCUAUGCAUCUACAGCUCCAGAACUGAGUGAUAACACCAGGUAUGACUUUUUCUCUCGUGUGGUCCCACCUGACUCCUAUCAAGCCCAAGCCAUGGUUGACAUUGUGACAGCUCUUGGAUGGAACUAUGUGUCUACACUGGCAUCAGAGGGGAACUAUGGGGAAAGUGGUGUAGAAGCUUUCACUCAAAUCUCUAGGGAAAUUG